GAGACAGGGCGUGGAGACCUCCACACCGGGAGACUUGGAGGACGAGGGAGUCCCUUCGAAACUCCACGUGGACGGGGAGCCCAAGACCGGCAUCCGGCGCCGGCGGAAGGGCACCGGGAGGCACUGGGUCUCUGAGGCCCGGGCCAGCGUCCUGAGGGGCAUUCAGGACCCUUGGCAAGGGCCUGCAGUCCAAGUGGCCCCUGCAGAGGGCGUAAAAGGAGCUCCUUCGGUGAGGGCCGCCAAGACUCCUGAGAGCAGACCGCUGAGGGAGACCCGAGGGGGCUACUGCAUGUCUGAGGACAGUGACAUCAACAUCACCAGCGAGGAAGAGGACCGGAAGGAGCAGCCUCUCCCAGGCCCCUGCCGCCCCAAAGAGAAGGAAAACGGUGGCGGCCGUGCCCCCAGGGCUCCCCUGGAUAGCCGGGCUGCACCACCAGAGGGCCUUUGCUGCUACAUCUGCGGGUCGGCACUGUCCCCGGCCUCGCAGCACCAGAUCCACGUGCAGAAGCAGGAGAAGCUGGCCCAGGCUCCCUUCUUCCCCUUCCUGUGGCUGCACAGCCCGCCCCCCGGGGCACAGCCCAUCAGCCAGGGCGGCAGCACCCUGGUGUGUCCCUGCUGCUUCUCAUCCCUCAUGCAGCAGUGGCAGAGCUUCGAGCUGGCCAACGUGCCUGUCCUGCAGCGGCUAUACGUGGUUCCGCUGAACAGCCACGCCCCUGGCAUGGCCUCCAAGGGCAGGAGGCUCCCGAGGGAAGAGGGCCUGCCUACUGGGGCUCUGCCAGAGGCCUGCUACCUCUGUGGGGAAGACUGUACCCAGGAUGCCCGGGCCGUGGCCUCCAGGGUCCUCAACGGCAAUGCCAGGGGCUCCAUGCAUUUCCCCUUUCUCAGCCUCCUGCCCUGCCCCCCCAACGCCCAGGGCCCCAACAAGCGCUGUGAGGUCCGCAGCUGCCCCAAGUGCUUCAGCGUCCUGGAGGAUGUCUGGGCCCUGUACCGGGCCUGCCAGAAUGAGGAGCUCAUCACCUCCGUUCAGGGCUUCCUGGGGAGGUACCACCAGGCCUUCUCUGCCUCAGACCCUGCUCUCUCCGAGCCGCCCACAUUAGCCCAGGGCAGCCCAGCGUCUGUCUGCUAUAUCUGUGGGGCUGAGCUGGGCCCUGGGAAGGAGUUCCAGCUCAAUGUGAACCCCUCCAGCCGCUUGGGUGAGAAAGAACCAUUCUUCCCGUUCCUCACCGUCUACCCGCCCGCCCCGCACGCCAGGCCUGCUGACUCCACCGGCCUAGUGGCCACCUGCGUUCUCUGUUACCACGACCUGCUGGGCCAGUGGCUGCAGCACGAGGCCCGCAGCACCCACCACGCCAUCAGCCCCUGGUCUCGGCAGUACCAAGUGGAGAUGUUCGUGUGCUUCUUCUGCCAGCAGGAGAAGAAGCGGUGUCUUGGGCUGAAGGCUGUGAGGGUGGCCCGGUUACCCUUGUUUCUCUAUACCCUGCGAGCAAGCCACAGCCUGCUAGUGGACGAUGGGCGGCAGCUGAUCAUUGGCGCCUGUGUGGAGUGUGGGACCCUGGUGUGCGCUGGCCAAGGGCUUACCCGCCAGGGACCCAUGGGCUGGAGCUCCCCAGUGGCAGUGGCAAGGAAGGUCACCUCUGUAUCUCUUGAGGCGUCAGCGGCCAUCCACCCUCCUGCCCGGGAGCUUGAGCCCCGGCCAAAUGCCCCAGCAGAGAGCCUGCCCAGGGGCCCCCGGACCACCCAGGAGCAGGGGCCAGCCUGGUGUCAGCAGAGCAGCCAGGACGGGGCUGGACCGGACCUCACCAGCACAGGCAUGAGCCAUGAGCCCAAGUCCCCUUCACUAGGGAUGCUUUCCACCGCGACCAGGACCACCGCCACCGUCAACCCCCUCACCCCCUCGCCGCUCAAUGGCGCCCUGGUGCCCAGCGGCAGCCCCGCCACCAGCAGUGCGCUGUCGGCCCAGGCCGCGCCGUCCUCCAGCUUUGCCGCCGCGCUGCGCAAGCUCGCCAAACAGGCGGAGGAGCCCAGAGGGUCUUCACUGAGCAGCGAGUCGUCCCCCGUGUCCUCUCCAGCCACCAACCACAGCUCCCCCGCCAGUACGCCCAAGCGUGUGCCCAUGGGCCCCAUCAUUGUCCCCCCCGGGGGCCACAGCGUCCCCAGCACACCCCCCGUAGUGACCAUCGCCCCCACCAAGACCGUCAAUGGCGUCUGGAGGAGUGAGAGCCGGCAGCAGGACGCCGGCUCCCGGGGCAGCAGUGGCGGCCGGGAGCGCCUCAUCGUGGAGCCCCCGCUGCCCCAGGAGAAGGCGGGGGGCCCAGCCAUCCCCUCCCACCUGCUCAGCACCCCCUACCCCUUUGGCAUCUCCCCCAGCUCGGUGGUACAGGACUCCCGCUUCCCACCGCUGAACCUCCAGCGGCCUGUGCACCACGUGGUGCCCCCCAGCACAGUGCCCGAGGACUACCUGAGGAGCUUCCGGCCCUACCACACCGCCGAGGACCUCCGCGUGUCCUCCCUGCCUCCCCUCGGCCUGGACCCGGCCGCUGCUGCUGCCUACUACCACCCUGGCUACCUGGCCCCGCACCCCUUCCCCCACCCGGCCUUCAGGAUGGACGACUCCUACUGCCUGUCAGCGCUGCGCUCGCCCUUCUACCCCAUCCCCACGCCCGGCUCCCUGCCCCCACUGCACCCCUCGGCCGUGCACCUCCACCUCUCCGGGAUCCGCUACCCGCCCGAGCUCUCCCACUCAUCCCUGGCGGCACUGCACUCAGAGCGGAUGUCCAGCCUCGGUGCGGAGCGGCUGCAGAUGGAUGAGGAGCUGAGGCGGGAGAGGGAGCGCGAGCGCGAGCGGGAGGCUGACCGAGAGCGGGAGAAGGAGCGCGAGCGGGAGCGGGAGAAGGAGCGCGAGCGGGAGAAGGAGCUGGAGCGCGAGCGGGAGAGGGAGCGGGAGCUGGAGCGCCAGCGGGAGCAGCGGGCCCGCGAGAAGGAGCUGCUGGCCGCCAAGGCGCUGGAGCCAGCCUUCCUGCCCGUGGCCGAGCUGCACGGGCUGCGGAGCCACGCCGCCGAGGAGCGGGCCAAGCCCCCAGAGCAGCUGGCCCCAACCAGAGCAGAGAAGCUGAAGGACGCGGGCCUGCCGGCGCCCAAGCCCGUGCAGCACCCACUGCACCCGGCGCCCGCCCCCCACCACGGCUUGCCCAGCCUCCUCUCCAACCACGGCCUCUUCUCGCUGCCCGGCAGCAGCGCGGCCACGGCCCUGCUGAUCCAGCGCACCAACGAGGAGGAGAAGUGGCUGGCGCGGCAGCGGCGGCUGCGGCAGGAGAAGGAGGACCGGCAGUCGCAGGUGUCCGAGUUUCGGCAGCAGGUGCUGGAGCAGCACCUGGACAUGGGCCGGCCGCCAGCGCCCACAGAGACGGAGCACAGGCCGGAGAGCACCAGGCCGGGACCAAACCGCCAUGAGCCGGGAAGCCGAGACCCUCCACAGCACUUUGGAGGGCCCCCACCCCUCAUUUCGCCCAAGCCCCAGCACCACUCCGUGCCCACAGCCCUCUGGAACCCGGUGUCCCUGAUGGACAGCACGCUGGACACGAGGCGUGCCCCAGAGGGCCAUCCCCUGCACAGCCACCCCACCCCAUUUGAGCCCAGCCGCCAGGCGGCCGUCCCACUGGUAAAGGUGGAGAGGAUCUACUGCCCGGAAAAGGCAGAGGAGGGGCCCCGGAAGCGCGAGGCCACCCCCCUGGACAAGUACCAGCCGCCGCCUCGGGAGGCAGGGAGCCUGGAGCAGCCGGCCUUCCCUCACGGGUCCGCGCCCUUCCUGGCUGAGCUCGAGAAGUCCACGCAGACCCUCCUGGGCCAGCAGCGGGCCUCCCUCGCCCAUCCUGCCCCCUUCGGGGAGCUCACCGGGCCCCUAAAGCCAGGCUCGCCCUCCCGGCCCCCAGCUUCUCGGGGCCCCGACCCUGCCUACAUCUACGAUGAGCUCCUGCAGCAGCGCCGGAGGCUGGUCAGCAAGCUGGACCUGGAGGAGCGCAGGCGGCGGGAGGCCCAGGAGAAAGGAUACUACUACGACCUGGACGACUCCUAUGAUGAGAGUGACGAAGAAGAGGUCAGGGCCCACCUCCGCUGUGUGGCCGAGCAGCCGCCCCUCAAACUGGACACAUCCUCUGAGAAGCUAGAGUUUUUGCAACUUUUUGGCUUGACCACCCAACAGCAGAAGGAGGAAUUGCUGACGCAGAAGCGGAGGAAGCGGCGGCGGAUGCUGAGGGAAAGGAGCCCGUCGCCCCCGACGGUUCAGAGCAAGCGGCAGACGCCUUCGCCGAGGCUGGCGCUGACCACCCGCUACAGCCCCGAUGAGAUGAACUGCAGCCCAAACUUCGAAGAGAAGAGGAAGUUCCUGACCAUCUUCAAUCUGACCCACAUCAGCGCGGAGAAGAGGAAAGACAAAGAGAAACUUGUUGAGCUGCUCCAGGCCAUGAAGCAGAAGGCACUGUCAGCAGCAGUGGCAGACCCGCUCAGGAACUCUCCGAGGGACAGUCCGGCUGUCUCCCUGAGCGAACCAGCCACGCAGCAAGCCUCUCUGGAUGUGGAGAAGCCUGUGGGUGUUGCUGCUUCCUUGUCUGACGUCCCGAAGGCCACGGAGCCUGGGAGACUGGAACAGCUCCGGCCCCAGGAGCCGUCGCGAGUCCAGGAGACGGCUCCUGCCAGCGGCGAGAAGGCCAGGCUGAGUGAGACCCCCGGGGGCAGGAAGAGCCUGAGCAUGCUUCAUUACAUCCGGGGCCCCGCGCCCAAGGACGUCCCCGUGCCGCUGUCCCACAGCAUCAACGGGAAGAACAAGCCCUGGGAGCCCUUCGUGGCCGAGGAGUUUGCACAUCAGUUCCACGAGUCCGUCCUGCAGUCCACCCAGAAGGCCCUGCAGAAGCAUAAAGGAACCGCAGCUGUGCUGUCUGCAGAGCAGAACCACAAGGUUGACACGUCCGUCCACUACAACAUUCCUGAGCUGCAGGCCUCGAGCCGGCUGCCCCUGCCCCAGCACAACGGGCAGCAGGAGCCCCCUGCUGUGAGGAAGGGCCCCCUCCAGCAGGAGAUGGACCAGGACUCAGAGGACGACGACAGCGAUGACGGGGAGGAGGACGAUGAGGACCCCCCCAGGCGCAAGUGGCAAGGGAUUGAGGCCAUUUUUGAAGCUUACCAGGAACACAUAGAAGAGCAGAACCUGGAGCGGCAGGUGUUGCAGACGCAGUGCAGGCGGCUAGAGGCCCAGCACUACAGCCUCAGCCGCAGCGCGGAGCAGCUCUCCCACAGCGUGGCGGAGUUGAGGAGCCAGAAACAGAAGAUUGUUUCAGAAAGGGAGCGACUCCAGGCAGAACUGGAUCACUUACGGAAGUGCCUUGCGUUGCCUGCAAUGCAUUGGCCUAGGGGCUACUUUAAGGGCUAUCCUAGGUGACGGUUUCCCUUGCACUAGGCCGAACCUAUAGUAUAGAAAUAUUAUCUAUUUUAUUACCUUGAAUAUUUAAUAUUUUUCACUGGGAGGUUUGAAGCUUAAAAAAAAAUGAGAAUGUGCCAUGCAUGAAGCAAAGGAUUCCAGGCUCCACAGAAAAAGAAAGAACUCGCCUUGACUUCAAUGCAAUUGAAUCACCUUUGUAAUUCAGCGAGCAACCAAUGUAGGAUGCCCGUAGCUUUUUCUUUUUGAAGGCGGUUUUAUUCUUUUCCCAGGCCAUCAUUUUUUAAUCUGAAAACGAAGGCUCUAUUACCAACACUAAAACUCUCGUUUGUAGCCCCUGGGUGCGUCAGGUCGGACCCCACGGCUUCUGUGCCCUUCCUUGCCGUGUUCCCAGGCCUCGAGAACCCAGUUUGCUCUCGCUGCAGGCGGGGCCGGUCUCGUUCCUCCCCGGGGCGGAGGAGACCUGCUUCAGCUGGAGGAAGGCGGGGUGCGUUUUAAGUAAAGGGCUUAUUUGUUUGUUUCAGUUAUUUUUCUGCAAAAUUCCCUUCAAAGCAACAGGUCCUUAAAGCACACAAAGCAAGAGUACUGAAGCCUCACCCAAAGGCUUUUCCCUGGAAAAGCUCUUUACCUAAAGAUAAAGCAAAUCAACAAACUGAAGGUACCUUUUUAUUACUCUGGGGCGGGGGGGGGGGGGGAGAACGUACCGAGCUCUGUGUAUACACAUACUCACCCCGCGUUGUUACUGCAGUGGGUGGUGUUUUCAUACAAACGUAAAUUUUGAGAGAAAAGUCAAAGGUGCUUCAGCCUUGUACUGUGUAUAUAUAUUAAAAAACAAAGUUUUGUAUGUUUUUAUUACUUUAAUUAUUGUUAUAAAAAAGCCUGCCAUUUUUAAUAUGUGGUUUGGGGGGAUUUUUGUUGUUUGUUUUCCUGUUUGGGGGUUUUAUUUGUUUUUGUUUUUUUGGGCAAAAACUUGCUUUUAGUGUUUGUACUGCUGCUGGUCAGGACAUUAAAAUACUGAAGCGUUUUUAAAAAUUAAAGAAGACGAAAAGUAAAAGAGCUUACCACUGGCGCCUAUGCGAUCACUUCAUUUUUGAGUCGCACCAGAAGGUCAUGUAGAAAGCCCUGCGCUGCUUUUUACCUCCGCCUGUGCCCCUUCCCCACUCAGGACAGCAGGCGGCGAUGCUAACCAGUCGCUAUUAAGUGAGGAGAGGCUGGUCUGCAGUGGGAACACCGUAGCUACUGUGGUGCACCUUCACGGGCACACGGGCACACGGACACAGGGCUUUGGGAAGUGAGCAGUUUGUGUGUCCAGUCUGAGAGCAGCUGCAAAAUAGCAAGUUUAGGGGCUUUAGAUGCAAAGCUUUUUUAACAGCCUAAAAGCAGGAUAAAUGGUAUCUGAGCAGAACUCCUCUUGAACCUACUGUGACGGCACAGCAGCAGCCAGGAGCAGGCGUCACCCUAUCAGUGCAGGGCCCGGGCAGAGAGAGCUUCCUUCCCGUCCCACUCACCGCUCAUUCAAGCAGUGCUGAAUCCAGAUCAGGAGGGGCUCUCAUGCCCCAGUGGGCCUGACCAGAGGCCACAGCAGCCAGUGGUUGGUCUGGCGGGAAAGAAGGGGAGGAGCCCCUUGGUCCUGGGCCAGGGAAGGGCUGGUUGACCUUCAGGAAGGCCAUUCCCUGUGACCGGUGGCCAUGCCCUCAGCCCUAGACCUUAGCUGUGUGGAACAGCUUGCUGGCAGAUGGCAGCGCGUGGCUUUAUCUGUUCCCACACAGUUUGCUCUGUAUGCCUGCCAAGACUCUUCCCGUUAUUAGCAAACUCAGACAGAAAGUGCCGCCAGUAUUACCAGCAGUCAGCCAGCACCUUCUUCUCUGCAGACAUGACUUGACUUGACAAAAACUAAGGGCUGUUCUGUGGGCCUCCUUACCUGCGAAGAUGCAGGGCACUGUGUUCCACAGGUGGGCACAGGUGUUCAGAGGGAGCCCCACGGCCGACCAUCAGGGCCAAACAUCAUUGAAUUUCUCUAUUAAUAAUCUGCUUACUGUUCCUGGUCUGAAGGCUUGAGUUACAUCUUACACUUCACCCCCAGUCCUCUUCCUCCAUCACAGGGGUCUGGCCGCCUCUGCUACUCAGCACUGAGGGAAAAGUAGUCCAUUUAAGUUGAUGGGGAAGAAAAGCACAGACCAGCCCUUCACCCGAGGGGAGCCCCUCAGCUGGGUUUUGGUUACGGGAGGGUUCAAGGGAUGCCUGCCCGGGGCAGGGAAGCUGUGUCACCAAGAGCUAAACUAACGACCUUUUCCCUCUACACGAGUGACACCCCCCCCACCCCCCGGAGCUUCUCCAUCGCUCUGCCGCACGGUACCCCACCCAUCCGUGCGGCUCUCUGAAUGUGCUCGGGCUCAAGAAUAUGACAAUCAGAAUAUGAUGUAAACCAGUGAGGCAGCAUGAAUAAACUAAGAAAAAGGUAAGAAAGUGUCUUGAAAACAGAAGUGCACCACUGAGACAGUACCCAGUCGUGGCUUCUUCAGUUAAUAACCUGAAAACACUUGAUUCUGAAAGAACGCAGGAGCAUCUAAGUCUCUCCAGCCUGGGCUUAACAAAAAUUCACAAAUAGGGAAUCCCUGCCACUGUCCUCAGCUGGCUCACACUGCAAUGACAACGUUCAGAAACACCACAUUUGCCCUAGAAUCGAAUCGAUUAUGGAACUUUUGCCAGUAUUUUCGUGAAGACCUCAGUGCUUCACGACCGCGCGUCUUCCCACAGCACCUGGGAGAGACGCUGCCAUCUGUCCUCCGAAGGCGCUUUCACUGACCCUUGUGAGGCAUUUCUUCCAAAGCUGAAUCCCGGGCUUGUACAGUUAGAUUGUCAGAAACCACCCAGAGCUUUCCCCCAAACUUGGCACCACACAACCUGAUCCUUUGAAAAUGAGGCUUUCUUUGUUUCAUAUAAUCAGAGCCAAACUGACAUAAAAUAGCAUGAUCUUAAUCGAUUAUUUCAGACAGGUGACCAAGAUAAGACUUUCAACAGCUUAGUCUAUAUUCUACAGUAAAUAAAACACUUGAUUGGCAUUGAUUAUGCCCUCAGGGAAAUUCAGACUAUUAAGAGGAGCCCACACCUUCAGCAGCAGAGAAUUGUUAACAGGAAAUCUUAAAGUUCAUACAUGGGAUGGUGCUUCAAGUAGCUCACAAUGCUACCACAUCUCAAAAAUUAAAUCAGACCCCCCUCUUUCCCUCUGAGCCAUGGUUUGAGGUGUAGAAAGUUCCAAGGACCCACCAUCAGAUGGAGACGGUCAGCACCGCCCAUGCUGUGACUCCUCAAGUGUAUGUUAGCCACUUGGCAGCAGUCCCUGUGCUCCUUUCAAGUAACCAAGCUAUUGACUUUCUUACUACUUGCAUUAGUCUGUCCCCAACUUUUUGAUCCAGCGCUUCACUUAAACCCCUUAGCUCUGCCUUGACCUGAGGAAGCCCACGCUGAUCGGUUGUGUUGCUCUGUUUGUGCCCUGUGCUUACCUGCUAGAACAGUGAGCCAGGACGGGAGGGAGGAGGGACGGUGCCUCGGUCACUCUGGGGGCAGUUUAGAUGCUGUGAAAUUAAACCUGUUCUAAGUGUACUUGUUUGAAUUAAUUGUAUUGUAAUAUUAUUUGUUGAAUGUAGUAAUUAGAUAUUUAUGAAUAUAUUGCUGUAAUUUCUGACAACAUUCAAAAAAUAAAAUCUUCCUAAAUCA